AUGGCGGCGCUCGUGAAGGCGGAAGUUUCGUCCUCCCUGGAACAUGUGACUGCCUCCUGCAGGCCGGAGGAGUGUGUGAACUUCACCUUGGCCGUGUGUGACGUGUUUCCCGCAGCAUCUCCCGGAUCCAACAUUCCUCACCGCUGCAACAGCACCAAACACCGCAUCAUCUCGCCCAAACUGCCCACCCCUCACCCCGCCCUCAGCGAGCUGCAGAAUCUGGCCAAUGAGGGCUCAGAGGUCGGGCGGGAGGUGGGACCGUGCGACGCGUCACUCGCUGUUGUGCCUUCAGGGAGGAAGCAGCCUGAAGAGGGUGGGCGAGGCGAUGAUCCGGGGGGUGUGGCUUCCCCAUGCUCCGCCUCCUCCUCAUCUUCCAGUCCACCCCAAAUGCAAAGGGCGGCGACAAUCGCUCUUAGCAACGGAAAUGGAUUCUAUGGUGACCAGCGGGGCGGAUUGGCGGCACUCAUCGUCAUGACGACGCCGGCACCGGUGGGGCGUGGCUGUGGGGAGGAGCCAAACGCUGAGUUAGGCUCCACCCACCUGUCGCUCACCCGUGCCGGCGGACGACUCGUUCUAUCUCCUGUGCCGUCCAAGCAGGACACGCAAAGCUCCGCCUCCCCACCGAGCCCCGCCCCUCCUAAUCAGGGCGUGGCCACGCUGUCACUCACUCUCCUGCCCAGCCCUGUGAUUGGAGGACUGCUGCUGGCCGACACUCCCGGGACACUCCUGCCCCCAAAGCCGACGUCGCCAUCACCCUCGCUGCUCCCGUUUGACCCUGACUCCUUUCUAAACAGCCCCAAACAGGGGCAGACCUACGGAGGCCCCACCCUCACACCUCACUCAGUCUCCGCCUCCUCUUCCCCGUCUCCACCUCCUUCUACAUCUCCUCAGCCGCUGUCUCUGGCUCUGUCUCUUUCUCCCACGUCUCCUCCAUCGUCUCUAUCCUCCCUCUCUUCUGAGACGGAGAGGAAGAGUAUUCCGGGUCGUCCCUCGUCCUCACUGUCUUUUUCACUCUCUCCGACGCAAACGACUCCCGUGCUGCUCCCGCUGUGUCUGGAGUCGUCUUUAGAACUCGAUUCGUUGAGUUCCCCUCUGUCUGUCUCACCCUCCGAUGACAGAGCUCCUCCCACCGGAUUCGCCGCUCAAUCCCCGCCCAGUCAUCUCCUAACCAAUCUGCUCUCACCCGCCACCCAAAUAACACCCUCCCUUGAAGUGCUGUCGACCAAUCAGCUGCCUCCAGAGGGAGAAAAGGCGGAGUCACAGCACUCCAUGUGCAUUCAACCUCCGAAUCGGACCCCGCCCCCGGCCACGCCCCCAAGCAUGAGUCCUGUACAAGUGAAGGAGGAGCAGUCUCCGCCCACUCAUACACAUUUUGAAUCAGAAGUCACGCCCAUGGACACCACCCACUGUGGCCAUAUAGAUGGAGAGGAGGCAGGGCUUACAUUUGACUCCGCCUUCCCUGACCUUAUAUCUGAGCACAUUAUAGAGGAGCCCGUCAGUCACCUGCCCACCUUGGCUCCGCCCGUUUACCCCAUCCGCUAUAUGGUUCCUCCUCAGCCAACACCGUCCACCUCGUUCCUGCCCUUCCCGCUUCUUACAAACUCUGGAGGAAACCCAGCGGAAACCCAGCGGCUGGCCAACAUCACAGACUUCUCACCCGAGUGGUCAUACCCCGAGGACUUUAUGAAUAACCAGUUCAGGAUGUCGAUUCUGGAGCGUUUGGAGCAGAUGGAGCGGCGAAUGGCAGAAAUGUCAAACAACAACCAGCAGAAUCAACACAUGAAUCACUAUCAUCAGCAGCUGUCGAGGAACCAGAGCUCCGCUCCGCGCCUGACUCCUGAAAACCAGUCGGGGCUGUGGUUCGAGCGCAGGAUCGUGGCCCUGUGUGAGCGCAUGAUGGCCGGCGGUCGCUGGGAACGAGGCGGUGAGACAGACAGACUCACACACUCCGUCAGACACCGAGGGAUGACGCUACUGCACCUCGCCGCCGCUCAGGGAUACACACAGCUCAUACACACACUCAUACGCUGGAGGAGUAUCAGUGUGAGUAGUUUGGAUCUGGAGCAGGAAGUGGAUCCCUUGAACGUUGAUCAUUUUUCCUGCACACCUCUGAUGUGGGCGUGUGCUCUGGGUCAUCAGGCCGUGGCUGUGUUGUUGUACCGCUGGAGCAGCGCGGCUCUGGGAAUCCCGGACUCUCUGGGUCGUCUGCCUCUGGCCGUGGCACAUUCACGAGGACACACACGUCUAGCUCGCUGUCUGGAGGAGUUACACACACACUCUCAGACGCAGGAACACACACUGGACACACCCUCACCUCCGUACCGGCCCCUGUCUCCACUGUCCAGCAGCCCUGACACGGGUCUGAGCUCGUCCAGCAGUGUCCCCUCCCCCAGUCCACCGUGCAUAUAUGACCAAUGUGACCCGCCCUCUCCCUCCCCAAGCUCCGCCUACUCCAGUGGCUCUGUUCCUGACCCCAUGGACUCCGCCUCCUCCCCCUCCUCCCCGUUCUCAGCCCCGCCCCCGGCCGGUUCCACCGACUCACUCUUCCUGAUGGACUGUGAGGCCUCGAGCCCCUCGGCGCCGGAGCUCGCUGACGAACUGCUCAACUACAGCGAGAACGCAGAGAACGAGGACUACCUGUCCGACGAGGUCCUGCAGGUGAGAGCCGCUCUGAUUGGACAGCUCACCUACACUGGUUACAUUACACUAGUUUUCACUUGUCUGUUUCUGCUGUGUCUGUGUAGGGGUCUGUGUCCCACCCCUCCCUCGCUCCUCAGUGAUUUGGCGCUGCAGAGGCUCCGCCCCCCGAGCAGCGCGGCGUGGGCGGAGUUUCUGAACGCCUCAGCCAAUGGAAGGAUGGAGAGAGACUUCGCCCUGCUGACGCUGACAGACACGGAGCAGAGAGAGCUGUAUGAACUUGCGACGCGUCAUCCAGAAACGCCAGUCCGCAGAUACAAGGGGCGGAGGCUAAAGGAGCAGCAGGACAUGGCCGCAGCCGUAAUACAGCGCUGUUACCGCAAAUACAAACAGCUAACUUGGAUAGCACUGAAGUACGCAUUAUAUAAGAAGAUGACGCAGGCAGCCAUACUGAUUCAGAGUAAGUUCCGCAGUUAUUACGAAGCAGAGAGUUUCCAGCAGUCGCGGCGGGCUAGGAUCUGGCCGUCCUCAUACCAGCAGUACUACCGCAGCAUAAUAGCGUAUAAAGAGUAUGAGCGCGUCAAGCAGGGGCCGCGUGGCCCCGGGGCCCUCAACACCAAGCUCAAAGGCUCGUUCCUGACCAAGAAACAGGAUCAGGCCGCGCGGAAGAUCAUGCGCUUCCUCAGACGCUGCAGACACAGGAUUAAGGAGCUGAAACAGAGUAAAGAGCGUUAUCAAGACGCAAAUGAGACUUGCAGCACAAACAGAGCACGUGACACACAUCGCACACACUGUGAACUACACACCCUGAGCAGUGGGCAGGCCAUUGUUAUUGCUGCGGUGCCCCGGCGAGCAGGGGAGCAGUUGGGGGUCUCGAUCUGCCUUUGCUCAACUGCACCUGAAGUCCAUGGUAUGAAGGUGGAGAGAGAAACUGUUAACAUGCACGCCCCCCACCCGCAGACAAUUCCUGCCGGGCCCUGA